AGUUCCGCAGCCAUGUUGAUUCAAAUCUAGGCUAAAGCAGGGAGGAUGGUAGCUUCGAGCUCCAACAACAUGUUUGCAAUGGGAGUGUCAGGGCGCGGCGUCAGAAAUGCCUUGAACAUUUUUGUUAUGGCACUGGCAAUCGAGGUGUUAUACACGGUGCCGUACGGGCUGACGUCGUCCUUCCGACCCCUUUUCCUCGAGACUUUCGGUUUGGACAACCACCAGGUUGGUACCUUGUCGUCGGCGUAUGGCAUUGUCAGCAUGUGUUUGUACAUUCCAGGAGGCUACGUCGCCGACCGCUUUCCACCGAAGUUGUUGAUGGUUAGUGCGCUCUUGACAACGGCUGCAUGUAGUUGCUACCUUCUCACGGGCCCUUCGUUCUCGGAAUUGGUCCUCGUUUGGGCUUUUUUGGCAGUUGUGGGCACUAUCUUGUUUUGGUCCUCCUACGUAUCGCUCAUACGACACAUCGGCGGCGAGGAUCAUUCGGGAAUUGCUUUCGGUUUUGAGCAGACCUCACGAGGCGUAUCAGCAGCAAUGAUGACCGUGGCUUUGGCUGCCGUGGUGCGCGAGGCGAUGCCGGCCCAGACAGCAGCUAGCGCUGAUGUAAAGCACGAGGCGUUGACCAUGUUGCUCAUGCGUUUGGCCGCGCUCAACGUUGUGAUGGCCUUCGUCAUCAUGCUCGCUCUCCCGUCCGGGAUGGCCGCGCGGGUUGAUAAGCACCCAGCUGAAGAGGCUUCGACUGGAGUCAGCACUAUCUUGGACAUUAUUCAACGACCCGCUGUUUGGUUGCAUGCGUUGAUCGUGGUAGCGGCCUAUUCUGGCAAUCUGGCGACCGACCAAUUCGCAGGGUUUGCGAGGUACGGUUACGCUAUGGACAUGGUGCAAGCCGCACAGAUUAGCUCAUUGGUCAAGGGGAUGCGUGCUUGGUCUGGGCUCCUGGCUGGCGCGGCAGCUGAUCGCUGGGGUAAGUCCAAGGUAUCCUGCUGUUUGUUCUUGUCUUACAGCUGUACUUACUCUUGGGUGGCCCUGGCGCCAAUCGAUCCAACUGACCACGGCAUGUUGAUGGCUCAGAUCGCGGCCUCAGCGGCUAGUGUGUUUGGAAUUUCAGGGGUCUAUUUCUCUCUUCUCGACGACGUUAAUCUGCCUUCUGGGCUAGCAGGCACUGCAGUUGGGAUGAUCUCUGUCAUCGGUUACACCCCAGAUAUCUUCAUGGGCAAGAUCUCGGGGUAUUGGUUGGACACCUACCCUGGCGCCAGUGGCUAUCAAAGCUUCUACUUAUUUAUGGCGUGCGUUGGGCUUCUUGGUUUUCUAGUGAAUCUCGCCUUCGCCCACGCCGUAGGGAAAUGCAGCGAUCUGGCGUCGGAGUCACAUAGACGGAAGGCUUAGUAGGCCGAGAGCAGCACCGUCUCUGCCGCACUCGAAAUUGACUCUAGGAGUACCGGACUGUCCCUUUGUCUGGGGGAGGAGUUUGUGGAGGCCAGCAGCAGCCAGAGUACACCCGUCGCAUGUUUGGCGGGCGUUGAAUUCAUGUCCCAUCCGAGUCGAUUUUUCAUGUGCGGGUCAUCAACGCGUGGCGGCGAUUAAGUACAGUUCGCGCCAAUUCAGGCGACUCUGGGGGGACGGGGACACUGCAACCAUUACAGCUGCACUUGAGCGCUAACUUGACACAUGUUUUGAUAAGCAUGCUGCAUGCCAAUUGGCACGCGAGCACGCUGGAGGGAGGUUUUGCGUGUUGCCGCCAGACUUGCUGGAUUUUCCCAAACAUGCCCUGUGCGUUGCACUGCGACUCUGGGGGUGGGGGCACUGCAAUCUUUACAGCUCGGUUCGAGCGCUGACCCGACACGCCUUUUGACAGGCAUCCUUCACGCCAAUGAGCAAGAGAUCGUGCGAGAAAGUUUGCGCAUUGUCAGUGCAGCGACAGGCCAUCGAGCACUUAGGCAAUCGAGUCAUCUAUGCCGGGAUCACCUACACGAAGGCAUGCAAGUAGUAAGCAAGAUCGAAAGACCAUGGAUGGUAGCCAUGAUCGCAGAGCUUUUUUUCGGUCAAAAGAUUGGUAGGGCUUUGCGCGCGCGCCAUGAUAUUCCCGUCCGCGAAUGGGGGGAAGAGAAAAAGUGCUCGUCAGAGUCGGAAUCCACAAGGCAACAUCGUUGCCCCUCACAAUGAGCGCC